AUGUCUCCGUCUAGGCUGCAGCAGAUGCUGCUUUCUCUAGCACUAGCAGGUAGCUGUGCUGCUGUCCCCUUGGCAGGCCCCCCUGGAUACGACGCCAACUACGGCACGUCUCGAUUCAACGCAACAACGGCCCUGAAAACGUGUCUCGACUACCACCAGGUGCCGUACUACGUUGAGACGGACCCCAACUGGACAGAGUAUGCCACCACCUUCAACUCGCGGCUGCAGUACGAGCCGGCAGCCAUUGCGCUUCCCACCUCGGCCCAGCACAUCUCGAAUAGCGUGGGGUGCGCAGCCAAGGCCCGGGUGCCCGUGCAGCCCAAGUCGGGCGGCCACUCGUACGCGUCGUACAGCACCGGCGGCCGCGACGGCAUCUUGAUGAUCGACCUCGAGAACUUCAACGCCGUCACGCUCGACAAGGUCACGGGCAUCGCCGUCGUCGGCGGCGGCGUGCGCCUGGGCAACCUGGCGCUGGCCAUCUACAACAACCGCAACCUGCGCGCCCUCGCCCACGGGACCUGCCCUGGCGUCGGCAUCGGCGGCCACUUCACCCACGGAGGUUAUGGCUAUUCGUCGCGCGCCUUCGGCCUGGCCAUGGACCAGAUCGUCGGCCUCGACGUCGUGCUCGCCAACGGCACCUACGUGCAUGCCAACGACACGUCGUAUCCCGAGGUGUACUAUGCCCUGCGUGGAGCCGCCGACGCGUUUGGCGUCGUGGUCAACUUCUACCUGCAGACAUCACCGGCGCCGCCCGAUGUGGUCAACUGGAGCUUCUCGUUCCCACAGGCGCUGGCAUCAGCGGAAGCGGGCGUGCUGGCGUUCAAGGGAGUGCAGAAUUUCGCGCUAAACGGAUCCGUGGUCGACGGCAAGCUGGGGUUCGGCGUCACCAUUGGCGGCAACGGCGCGUCGUUCAGCGUGCACGGCACCUAUUUUGGCCCCGUGGCUACCUUCAACGCCACCGUCGCGCCGGCCCUGCUUGCGCAGCUGCCGUGGCCGCCGGCCAGCGACAGCUCGGUGCAGGCCGUCGACUGGAUCACGUCGUUGACGCUGCUGGGCGGCGCGCCAACGCUGGAGGUCCCGCUGCACGGCGUCACGGACCGCGACAAUUUCUUCGCCAAGAGCGUCACGACGACGGAGCCGUUUUCUGACGAGGCCAUCCGUAAGUUUUUCCAGUAUAUUCUCGAUAAUGGCGUGGGGUCGAAAGCUCCCGUCGACUGGUUCUCUAUUAUCAACCUGUACGGCGGACCCGGAAGCGCCAUUACGCGCAAGAAUGAAACGUUUGCCGCAUACAGCGGUCAUGACGACCUGUGGGUGAUUCAAAAUUACGGCAACGUCGCGGUUAACGGCAGCUUCCCUUCGGCCGGCCUCGACUUCAUCAACGGGCUCAAUGACGCCGUGACCAGCGAGGUGCUUGGGUUCGGUGCCUACCUCAACUACGUCGACCCCACUUACAAUUCCACCCAGGCCCACAACCUGUACUAUGGCACGGAGCUGUACGAGCGCCUGAGCACGUUGAAGCACAUCAUCGACCCCCUGAAUCUCUUCUCCAACCCGCAGUCUAUCUGGUAA